GCUCCAAGGAGUACGGACUAUAUUUAAAAAAAAAUUAUUUAAUAUUAAAAACGUGUUUUUAAAUUUAUCAGAAAAUGUUCUCAAGAUUAGUUGUUUUGGGUUUCGUUAUAUGUGUGGCGAAUGCGGCGACUUGGAUAGGUCGGUUACCGAAAAAACCUGAACAUUUAGCCCACAAAGAGGGAUGUUACGUUAAGGAAAUUGAUGACGUCAUAGCAUUUGGAAAAACUGUAACACCCAUUGGACAUUGUUACGAGAUAUCAUGCGGGAAAAGGAUGAUGGACUAUUCUUCAUGCGGUACAAUUGACUCCAGCGACGAAUCCAAGUGUUUCAUAACUGACAUAGAUCUUAGCAAGCCAUUUCCAGAUUGCUGUCCUCAAUUUAAAUGUGAUAUUGAAAACAACAUCGACUAGAUUAGAAAUUUAUUAUAGUUAUUGACAUCCGCGUAUCUAGUGGCACUUGUCGUCAUAUCGAAUUAACGAAAAUGUCAAUUAAGCUUGCCGUGUGAAAAUUGAAUAGAAUAGAGGAUGACCGAGCUUUGGUCGUUUUUUUUUUUUUUA